ACAAGCAAUGGCAGAGUUUAAACGCAUUCAGGACUUCAGCAGCCACUCACAGAACAAAAUAGAUCUUGUCUGCUUAGUGAAUGAGGACAUGAACAGGAGACCAUCACAGACAUGGAAAGGUCGCUUGUGGAGUAAGCAGUGUUGUCUUCUUCUGAUGUAUGGCAUGCUCUUCAUGGCCCUUGUUAUCACAGUCUCAGUAACUUUUAGACAGCAAUCGACUAAACUGAGCGAGGCAGAGAUUGCUGUGGUCAAUCUGACAUUUUCUGCUGCUCUGCUCUCUUCCAACCAACAAGAUACUAAUGAGAGAUUCAUGAAAAUUGUCAGAGAACUGAAAGCUGACCUGGGGAGAAAAUUGGCAAAUCUGACUCAGUUUAGCCAGCAACCAAGUAAACUGAGCAAGGUAGAGAAUGCAGUGGCCAAUCUGACAUCUUCUGUUGCUCUGCUCUCUUCCAACCAACAAGAAACAAAUGACAAAUUCAUGGAGAUGGUGAGUGAACUGAAGACUAAACUGGAGAGCAGAAUAACUAAUUUGACUCAGCAGGUAGAGGAUGCUGUGGUGAAUCUGUCAUCUUCUGUUGCUCUGAUCUCUUCCAACCAACAAGAUACAAAUGACAGAUUCAUGGAGAUUUUGAGUGAACUGAAGGCUGAACUGGAGAGCAGAAUAACAAAUUUGACUCAAAUUCUGAGCUGUAAAACUGGAUGGGAACUUUUUCUUUCUAACUGUUAUACAUUUUCCAGUAGUAAACAGGACUGGAAUAAAGCACGGACUUACUGUCGUUCACAGGGUGCCCUGCUGCUUAAUCUGGGGAAGGACACCAGGGAAUGGGAUUUUAUUGUAAAACGCACUGAAUCCAAAUCCUACUGGUUUGGUCUUACAGAUGCAACGACUGGUCAGUGGAGAUGGGUGGAUGGAACACCCUACAUUAUGGACAGCAGUAAGUGGGAACCUGGUGAACCAAAUAACUGGGAAGGUAAAGAGGACUGUGGAGAACUAACUGCAACUGGGAAACUGAAUGACGCCCCCUGCUCUAUGCGUUUCCAAUUUAUCUGCAAAGGACCGGCCAUUGAAAGCUAACAUUAUAACUUUGUGCUAUAGAGUAUGCAUUCCUUCAAAACAGUACUGAUACUUCUCACUGUAUUAUUAAAAGAAGAUACUGAUCAGUGUAUUUCAGUCUUUUAAAAUCUGUGAUAGUUAUAGCAUUAAGUGUAAAUUCAGUCAAAUUAACAACAACAUCCCAUUUUAAUCAUACCUGGGAUUUCACUCUGGCCAUUUUUGAGCUGAUAAAAAUGUAUCCAGAGUUCAAAGAUUAGUAUUUUUAUAAUAGAUAUAUAAUUAAAAUAGAUCAAAAUACAUUAAUUAAAUAAUACAUAGAUUUAUCUUGUCUUGGAAGAAGCCACUUAUCCUCUUUUUUGCUGAUGUGGGACAAAGAACAGCAAUGUAUUACAUUCUUACAGAAAAAGGUGUCAUGUUUGAUGUCUGGAAAGUUUUACAUGGCUUAGGUGAAUACCCAAUAACAAAUGAAUAAGAAAGCCAAUGAUUCGUUUCUGUGUGAUUAACAUUACAACCAAAAGUGUUUUGGUCUGUGUUUUAAUAGUUUUACAACAAAGUAAUGCUGUACCCAUUUUUCUGUAUGACAAUGCAUUGUUUACUGUACUACAUGUUCUUAUAAACUGUGUGAUAUUCACAUAAACAACAUUUUUAACUUUA